UAAUACAAGUGCUAUUCGCACACCACCGGUGUCUGGGGAAUAAGUCGAGCUCCCUUUUCUCCGCAAGGAAGUAAAGACGUAAAGUUUCCGUCUUCAGUGUUGAAAUAACUACCGAAUGGUUCGAUCCGUUGUUAAAAUGGGUUUGCUUAGAAAGAUAGUGGUAUCAUUCGCAUUAUUAGUUGGAUUUUCAGCUGGGAUCAUAGCCUGGAUCUGGAUACGAUUAAGCUAUGAGCAUAUACCAAACAGAGUACUGCAUGCAAAAUCAUUACAGAACUCAUCGUUCGACUUUAUAAUUGUCGGAGCCGGAACGGCGGGUUGCGUUCUCGCCAAUCGUCUUUCCAGCAUUGCGAAUGUAACUGUAUUACUCAUAGAAGCCGGUGAGGUAUUCGGGCCAGCAUCCAUUGUGCCCCUGCUCAGCACAACGAUGCAGCAAACCGAAUAUGAUUGGUCCUUCCGAACGACUCCCCAGAAAUAUUCAUCGCAUGGACUAAUCAAUAAUCAACAAUUCUUGCCACGCGGUCGCGGUCUGGGUGGCUCGGGACAAAUCAAUUAUUUGUUGCACUUUACAGGAAUAAAGGAGGAUUUCGAGAGAUGGGAAAGGUUGGGAGCGCUAGACUGGGGCUACGAACGAAUGAAGCCGUACUUCGAGAAGCGCGAGAAGGGCGAGGAAAAAAAGAUUGACAGCACCUGCAACCCGAACUUGAAUGAUGAUGAAAUAUUUGAGCAAAAUCAGUAUCCUUCUCUAUCGCCUGACGCCAGCAAAUCAACAUUGCUUGAGUUCUGCGCCACAAAGAAAUCACCCACUGACCAACGGCCAUCUUCCGAUACUUCAAAUCUCCACAUAUCAACCGUCGAUCCCGAAACCAAUCAUCUCACAAAAACCUUCAUCGAAUCUUCCUCCGAGCUGGGCCCGGGGUACAGUUUUGACGCACCAAAAUACACCAUUCGCGAUGGCAUUCGCUGGAGCAGCUAUCACGAAUACCUUAGACCAACUUUCUCGCGCCCGAAUCUGUUCAUUCUGACCGGAACAAUCGUCCAGAAAAUCAUUUUUGACGAAGAUAAACGCGCAAUUGGGGUAGCCAUCGACAAUCCGGACACCAACAUCCCACUUGAGAUUCUCGCAAGAAAAGAGGUAAUUUUAAGCGCGGGUGCUAUCCAAACCCCGCAACUGUUGAAAUUAUCCGGUGUUGGUCCAAGCCUCGAGUUAAAACGCCACCGACUACCCGUUGUUCAUGACUCCCCGAAUGUUGGACAGAAUUAUUUCGAUCAUAUGAAUCUUCCACUGUUUGUGUCCAUCAACACGACCGCCAGCGUCACGCUGGACAAAAUCCUCAACAUUCAGAAUUUAUGGAAGUAUUUGAUCGAGGGCGAAGGUGUACUCGCAAACACAGCGGUAGCAGGAAUAGGAAGCCACCGGGGGAGCAAGUUUGGAAUCAUCCUGUUCGGAAUGGGAAGUGUUGAUGAGCAAGCUUUACGACACGUUUCCAACUUUAAGGCGGAUGUAUUUCGAGCUUUCUUUCCCCUGCACCAAAACACGAGCCAGGAAGGAUUCCUGUUUCUGAACACGUGCCAUCAACCGAAGAGCAGAGGAGCAGUAUACUUGCGCGAUACGAAAAUGGAGUCCAAAGUGUUCGUCAACCCAAACUAUUUGAAGGAUAAAUCUGACGUCGAUUGCAUGAUAAAGGCCAUUCGGAUAGCUGCGAAAACCGUGGAAACUGAACCAUUCAAAAAGAUCGAUGCGCGGAUCCAUUGGCCAGUGUUGAAAAGGUGUUCGAAUUUUGGACCUUUCGAAGAGGAUCUCCGCACCAAUAGACCCAGCGAUCGAUAUUUGGAGUGUAUUUUGCGGGUGGCGGCUUUAACCGGACACCAUCCCGGUGGCACAGCCUCCAUCGGAUUGCAUUCGGAGGCCGUUGUGGAAAACUAUCUGAGGGUUAAUGGCGUGAGUAGACUUCGGGUAGUAGAUGCCAGUGUGUUUCCUGCUCCAGUCUCAGGGACUCCGAACUCGAUCAUCAUUGCUGUGGCCGAAAAGGCAGCUGAUCUGAUCAUGAAUCAGAACAGUGUUGGUUAAGUUUUGUACAAUUGUUUGAAUAUACAUUUUGAUUCCUACUGGAUACGCA